AUGCCUAAGUAGUAAAAGACCCCUAUCUGGCGGAUUUUAUAAUGAGCUUCCAAAAUCUAUGACGUCACUUUGUUCAGCUAACACUCUUGGCGGAAUUUAUAGUAUUUAUAAUGAGCUUGCAAAAUCUAUAACGCCAGGUAGCGCGACCAGUUAACGCGGGCAAGCCUGGGCCAAAUGUGACAGGUAACGCAACCAAAUGUCCGAAACAGUCAUUAAGAAGAGCUCGGAAUUUUCAGUACCAUCUGUGGCAAGCGAGCUUUAAAAAGACUGGCAAACCAUUUGGCAGACGUCCAUGAACUUUCGUCCCAAGAAAGACAACCUUAUCUUAUUCGUGCUAAGCCAACAGCUUUAGACUUAGAAAAUGUUUUAGCAGAGUUGUACAGAUUAAUUGGGAACAGUAAACAGCAGUCAAAGUGGAAUAAAAGCGGGAUAAAGAAUAUACCCAUCCGUCAACCAAAAUCCUCCAGGAGGAGAACAAAAUCAAAUACAAAAUCUGCAAAGAACGUGAAUAAUACAGAAUUCUAUCCCAUAAGUCGUAACCUACGGACUGACAUGAAGAACGAACGCAGGCUCACCGGGAGUGACAUCACAUCAUUGAACAAGGAUCAACCGUUGGGAGUAGACGUCGAUUUUCGAGUUCCAGUUCAAGUGUUGGUUUUCGACGAGAGUUAG